AUCUAUCACUUCAACAAGAUAGGGCUAACAAGAUAAGUUUUCACUAAUUUUUCUGUAUUGUUCCAAUUUUAUGAAUUGUUCUCUUGACAUAAAAAGAACGCUGGUUAAGAUAACUACAAAGUCAGCAAGUACUUGAUCAUUAUAAUCAUAGAUAUGGAUAUGAAGCAAGUAUUUGUCCCAAGAGUUAAGCUGAAUUCUGGUCAUGAAAAUUCCUUUAUAGGCAUGGGAACAGCACCUUCACUACCACCACUGAAUGAAUUAGUCGCCACAUUUGUAGGUGCCAUUGAAGCCGGCUAUCGACACUUCGACACAGCCGCUGCCUAUGGCUCUGAGGAGGCACUUGGCCUAGCAGUGGCGGAAGCGGUUCAACGUGGACUAAUUAUGAGCCGAAAUGAAGUGUUCAUUACCUCCAAAUUAUGGUGCACCAAAACACGCCACGACCUUGUUCUUCCCGCCCUCAAAAGAUCUCUAGCGACGCUGGGGAUGGAUUACUUGGACUUGUACCUAAUACAUUGGCUAGUGACGACGAAAAAAGGUAAUGAUAAAGAGAUAAGGUUUGCAAAUGAGGAAGUAAUACCAUUUGACAUGAGAGGAAUAUGGGAAGCCAUGGAAGAAUGUCACAGGUUAGGUUUGGCAAAGUCAAUUGGUGUAUGCAACUUCAGCUGCACAAAACUCUCUCAGCUCUUGCACCAUGCUACCAUUCCUCCUGCCGUUAACCAGUCAAAUUGUUGUCGCCGGCUAGCACUUGUUCCCACAUCGAGAACAAGCUUCUCAAUAUUCUCUUUUGACAUCUAUACAAACUCUCGAGUCUCAUGUUAAUCAAUAUCGACCAGCAACUCCGGCUUUGAUGGCUCGAAAGCUUUAAUGCGAAGGUGAUCAUUUCCUCUUUCAAUUCUGAGUCACUCUUUCCUUUUUCUUGUUUUUUUAGGUCUGUUUACCUUGAAAAUGGUAAUUACAAUUGAAUUUAAUUUUGUGGUUUUAAAAAUACGUGAUAUGUUUUUAUGCUAGUUGUUUAGGCAAUAGAUGUUAAGUAAGAGAUCAGAAAAUGAGAUAAGAGCUUGUAGAUAGUAUAAUGACCAAACCGAAUGGCUGAAAAUCAGGGCCUCGAGCUGGCGUAUACGGUCCUCGAGGUUGAGUCGGAUGCUCGGCUAGGGGCAGUCGAGGGGGGGUCGGGAUUAACAGUUAUGAUAAAAUCAAUGAUGGUUCUUUAUGGCCAAUAAUAAGCAAUAAAUGAAGAACAAUAAAUAGAACACAAUGGAUGUAAGCAAUAAUGCAAGUAAUGAGAGCAAGAGAAUAUGUUAGAGAGCAGAGAGAAUGCUCUUGUGUAUUCAAUAUUAAGCAUCGGAUCCCUUACAAAAUGACAAUGAUCCCCUUUAUAUAUCAGAGGGAAUCCCAAAAUAGUACAAAUGUAUUUAUUACAAAUAUAUGGGGAUGGUACAACCAUUUAAAGCCUUGAUCCGGGUCUGAAUUAGCCCACUAGGCUUUGCCAGCUCUAGCUACACGCCUUGGGAACUUCCCACUUUUUUGCCAUAACCAUCGAUCUGUAUUACCCCGAGGUCGGGCGUCGAUAGCCCUUCGGGUGUAAAUCUCGAUCGUAGCUUCGAGCCUUUGACAACGUGCUUACCGAGCGUCGUAAUGAUCAAAAAUUGGAUCCUCCAAUUUUACCAUAUACAAAUAGUCCCCGCGUUUCCUAGAACGAAGUGAUAGGAAAUGGUUUCGAACUUCUACUCCUAAGGCACUGUUACCAUGAUGUUAGCCUAUCAGAGGAUUAAAUGUCAUAACUCAAAAGCAGCGCAAGGGUCACCGUCAACACGACUAUCGAGAAGCUCACGAACCUUUAUUGGUUCGGCUUAUUCGCUGCCCAUACGACUUCUAUAAAUACCCCAAUUGCUUAGUGACUCGCACUUUUGUGAUUCCUUCAAGAUUUCAAAUCCAAAUCCAUCUUCCUCUACGCUUCUUUAUCUUUUGUUUUUGGUUUCUUACCUUCCUUAUUGAGAAAAAGAAAACUUUUAGUCGUCAUGGCCAGAACCUCCAAGACAGUACCUUGGAAAGACGAAGCUGCUUCUUCAUCUCGAACAUCCAAGAAUAAAUCCAAUGGUAAGCUCAAAAUGGCUCCUACCGUCGAACAGUGUACACCCACCGAGUUCGAUAGUAUGAAGGAUUUUUCCAUCAAUAGACCUUCAUCUACGCCGGGUCAAUGCGAACAAGUGUCCCAGUUCAUUAGCAUUGUGAAGGAUAUAGACAAAGUGCGGGCAGACUGCCUGUUACAACCCAUAUCCACAUGUGUUAGUUCAUACCAUAUAUUAGUUAACAUAAAU